AUGGACGCUCGAGGGUCCCUCAUCCGCGUGGUUAACUUCUUACCACAGUCCACGGGCCACAAUCAUCGCACCCAGUCUCUCGACUAUGCCAUUGUCCUCGACGGGGAGAUGGAAAUGGUGCUAGAGGACGGGUCGCGAACUAGGGUAAGGGCUGGCGAUGUGGUUGUGCAGCAGGCGACGAAGCAUCAGUGGGAUAACCCUCCUGGUCGAACUGCUCGCGUCAUUUUUGUCUUGCUCCGGUCUGAGGCCCUUGUGGUGGGAGAGAAGCUGGGUGAUUCGGGGAUUCCGGACGCGUUUAGGGUUACUACAUAA